UUAACAAGUUCACUAAAUUUGUCUUGAAGGCUAAACUCCGAAGUGGUACGUUGGCAUAUGAAUUUCUUGUUUUAUUUUGUAUUUACGUGUAAAUUAUGUUAUACGAAUUGGCCAUGAGGUUAUUCUGUUCGUGACUCUAACGGCCCCUCUAGUACGAGGAGUGUCGGUAAGCUAAAAAGCUGUACUCACUUUAACCAAUAAUUUAAAUGUCAGAGAAGUUAUUGAAUUAUUCACAAUGUUAGGAUUCACAUUCAAAGAAGAUACAGAUGCUGACAGAGUGGUGUUAGUUAUGAAGGUGCUUAGUGCCGCUUUUUACGCCGUAUCUUCAUUUAUGAUAACGGUGGUCAAUAAAACCGUGCUGACCUCAUACGCGUUUCCUUCUUAUCAAGUAUUAGGCAUUGGACAAAUGUUAGCGAUAAUUAUAGUUUUAUGGGUAAGCCGUGCCAUAAAAAUUGUUGAAUUUCCGACGCUGGAUCGUGGAGUUGCACAGCGGAUAUGGCCUUUACCAGUGAUAUAUUUGGGCAAUAUGGCAACAGGCCUUGGAGGAACAAAAGAGCUAAGUCUUCCAAUGUUCACGGCUUUACGCCGCUUUAGUAUUCUAAUGACAAUGAUCUUAGAGCGAUUUGUGCUAGGAAUCAAAGCCUCAUGGCCAGUUAAAGCAAGUGUGAUGGCCAUGGUCGGAGGAGCAUUACUAGCUGCUGCUGAUGAUGUCACAUUCUCAUGGUCGGGAUAUACUCUUGUUCUUCUGAAUGAUGGAUUUACUGCAGCAAAUGGUGUAUACAUGAAGAAAAAAUUGGAUUCCAAGGAAUUAGGUAAAUAUGGAUUGAUGUUCUACAAUGCACUCUUUAUGAUAGUUCCAGCUGCAAUAGUAGCAUGGUGCACUGGUGAUUUAAGACGCUCUGUAGAUUAUCUGCAUUGGUCUGACUCACUGUUUGUGCUACAGUUUCUUAUGUCUUGUGUGAUGGGUUUUGUCCUCUCAUACAGUGUUAUGUUAUGUACACAAUAUAAUAGUGCAUUGACAACAACAAUAAUUGGGUGCUUAAAGAAUAUUCUGGUAACUUAUUUAGGUAUGAUCAUUGGAGGAGACUAUGUUUAUUCAUGGCUGAACUUUGUUGGAUUAAACAUAAGUGUUCUUGCAAGUUUAUGGUACACCUAUGUUACUUUUAAACGUAAACCAACUUCAUAUGCUUUACUAAAUGAAGCAAAUAGCAAAGUUGAUACAGUUUAAAGAUAAUAAACAACCUACUUGUAUAGUAACAAUGGUUGACACCAAAGAGUUGUGGUCAAGAGUAAUUAAAAACUAAAAAUAUUUUUUCUUUGUGGCCAUGUAGAAUUAGAUAAGUUAUUUUGUGUACAUAUAUACUGUAGAUACUUAAAAUCAAGUAAAAUUAUGCAUUUAUUUACUGUUGAUUUUUCAUUUGAUAUUAAAAUAUGACUUGUUGGACGUUUCAUUUCAGUUACACAGCUUUCUUAGUUUUUUUAAAAGCUUUGAGUACAGUUUUAGUUCAAAGAGGAAACUUUAAGACAACUUUCCUUUCCUUAAGUAGAAGCUUUUUGUGAAUAGGCAGCCUUUAUAUUUUGACUCUGUUGUGUAUCAUAGUGAGAAAAGUCAUUUUUACCCAGUUACUUUUUAAUUUGACCGCACUAAAAUUUUAGAAGUCAUUGCAUAGCUAUGUAAGAGAUUUGCCAUUAAUCAUAAAUAUUACUUUUGAAUAUUAUUGUUAGUGUUAAAUAUUUAAAUAGAAGUAUUAUGUAUAUAUAUAUAUAUAUAUAUAUUUUUUUUUUCUCCUUAGAACUAUUUAUGGCUAUCACUAUACAUUUUAUAUUCAUAAAUAAAUUGAUAAGAACUAGGUAACAGUAGCAUCACAAAAAAAAUAAAAAGUAGAAAUAUCAGUAUAAAUCCUAAAAAUUAAGUCAUACUUAAAAUGAAAGCAAUAAAAACACAAAAAAAUGUUAUUUAUAAAUGGCCAGGACCAAUCAAAAUUAUCAUUAUAUUCAUUAUCUAAAUAUUACAUAAUAAUUAUAUGAGAGUAAAUAAAAAUAUAUGAUAAAAUUAUUUGACACCAUUUUAUAAUCUUUAAGUAAAAUAAUUUUAGAUUACUAAGCACACAUGGUUUCAGAUGUGAUAUAAUUAGUUUUAAGUUAAUGUAAAAUAAUGAACAAUUCAUACUAUCAGUUUCAAUUUGUAUUAAUAAUUUAACUAUGUACAUCUACUAUCAGUAAUUUAGUAAAGAUAAUGUAUUAUUACAAGAAACUUUUUUUGCAAGAUUGAAGGACAAACAUUAUUUUUAUUUUUAUUGUUAUUUUUUAAAUUACGAACAACUUGUUAUUAUACGUUUUGUAAUAUAUUAUUGUAUCGUUUGUAAUAGGAUAAUAGUUUUGCAAGUUAUCAGGUUGCUAAUGCGCAAAUAAAGUUCUACAUAUUUAAAUAAUGAUUCAUUCAGUUACAUUUAUGAAAUGCGAGUAGUGCUGAUUUAACUCUUUGUACAAUUCACUGCACUAUUCAUUCAUUUAAAAAAAAUGGCUUUGUAAAGCAUAUGAAUAUUAUUUUGCAAUAGUUAUGUAUAGGAGUAAUGUCAGUUAGUUGUAACACCAAAAAUGUGGAGCCACUGUAAUAAGGUUCCAACAACAUUGACUUCUACUAUUGCCUACAUCUCAGUCAGUUAGAACCCAGAAAAGUAUUGGAUUUCUAUUAGUAUAUAACGACUGUAGACUAUAAAGGUAGAAAAUACAUACAGCUUUUAUAUAUAAAUUACCACUAGGCAUAUACGCUAUAUAUAUAGUUAUGUAGAUCAACCACUUUAAAAUUGUAUAUAAGUAUUUUAACUUAUUCAUUUGUGACGUUAUUUUACUCUAAAAGCUAGUCAACGUGUCCUUUCUCUACAAGUGCAUAAUAUGUAGGUCUCAAUUACUUACUGAGAUUAGCCAAGUUUGUUAAGUAGGUUGUCCCAGUUUUAACAAAGAAUCUUCAACCAAGAGGCCCGAUAAACAAGCUUUUGGGAGCUUUGAAUCACAACCCAGAUAAUAAUUGUCUACUGGCUGGUACACCGAACUUUAAUAAAGCAGUGAAAAACAUGUUAUAAUAUUAUUAUUUUAAUUUUAUAUGGGUGGCGGAUAAUUGUAAAGUAAUAUUUCAUCAAUGUCCUCAUUGAAUAUAUUGGUGAGAUAUUACUGUUUUAAAAUUUGUCUAUAAGGUUAAAAAGUUAUACAUGAAAUAAAUAUUGUGACAUUU